GUCACUUUUCAUCUGCAUACCGGUCCCCGCCCCUUCGGAAUGCUGGCGACGUCAGCCGGGCUCUGCAAUUGCCGGGGCCGCGCGCGCUGCUGCUGCAUUUGGUGCAAGAGGAGCCCGGGGAGCGCGAUCCAGAGAUGGCUUCCGCUACCGACUCCCGCUAUGGCCAGAAGGAAUCCUCGGAUCAGAACUUCGACUACAUGUUCAAGAUCCUGAUCAUCGGGAACAGCAGCGUGGGGAAGACCUCGUUCCUGUUCCGGUACGCUGACGACUCCUUCACUCCCGCCUUCGUCAGCACCGUCGGCAUCGACUUCAAAGUCAAAACCAUCUACAGGAACGACAAGCGCAUCAAGCUGCAGAUCUGGGACACCGCAGGCCAGGAGAGGUACCGGACCAUCACCACCGCGUACUACCGGGGGGCCAUGGGCUUCAUCCUGAUGUACGACAUCACCAACGAGGAGUCCUUCAACGCCGUGCAGGACUGGUCAACCCAGAUCAAGACCUAUUCCUGGGAUAACGCACAGGUGCUGCUGGUGGGUAACAAGUGCGACAUGGAGGACGAGCGAGUUGUGGCGUCGGAGAGAGGGCGCCAGCUGGCAGAGCACCUGGGGUUUGAGUUCUUCGAAGCCAGCGCAAAGGACAAUAUCAACGUCAAGCAGACGUUCGAACGGCUCGUCGACAUUAUCUGCGAGAAGAUGUCCGAGUCCCUAGACACGGCGGACCCAGCAGUGACUGGCGUGAAACCAGGGCCGCAGCUGACUGACCAGCAAGCACCCCCGCACCAGGACUGUGCCUGUUAGAGACUGCAGCACGGCCCCUCUGCCCGCUUCGGCCACGUCACCCCUCCAAGUAACUCAGUUGUGCUCUCACUUCAAGGCCCCAGUCGCUAGGUCUGGUGGGGUGGCCCAUAGCGAUGAGCUGUCUGCCCGCUCUCACCUCGCAGGGUUUGAAAGGGCUCUGGCCACCCUCUCAGAGGCUGCAGGUUCCACGGGGCGUCACCCCGCCCUUUCCGCUCCCUCCAGUUUGCCACCCCGGGACGGUAGGAGAAACUUUUUUGUUGUUUGCUUUUAACUAGUUCCUGAUUGUGCCCCCUUAUUUAUAUAUAAUUGUCUGUCGAGCUGGAAGUGGGGGGGUUAAUUGCAGAAUCCUGCAUUAACCAGCUGACUCCGCUUGGCCAAUUAGCUUCCUUCCUUCCUGCCUAGGUGGAUCCCUGCUGCUGGGUGGUGGGAAGAGCCCUGCUCAAGGGAGAGCAGCUUAAAGGACUAGAGUCCUCUUGGUGUAGCAUCUCCUGAUGCUCCUGACCGACCAGCCCUGCCCCCUGGAACCAGAGACUUGCUCCCUUAGCUGUAGUGCUACUGAAGGGGUGACGCGUUGGGGUUGCAGCUCAGCCAGCCAGAGGCUGGGGGUGGAUGUGGAUUUUAACCUUGACAAUUUAAUCACUUACUAAAGGGUACGUCUAGAUCCCAAUGAGGCAUUAGUGCAGGUGGUUUGUCAUAGAGAUUUGUUCCAGCCCUGUCUUUACACCUCCCCUUAGCUUGUUCUCCUUGCUAGCCCAGAGGCCUUGGCCGAUAGCGCUGGCUGGCUGGAGAGCCACUUGACUUUCAUUCCUCUGCUGCUUUGUUCUCCCCCACCAAGGAUGGCUAGUUCCUGACUAUUGUAUAAAUAGAUGCUAAUUUAUGCUCCUGCUGUCUUCCUCCUUGUACAUAAAAACAACCUUCCUGUAAAUAGAAGUAGCAAGUGAC